CCGACGUGCGCCUGCGCAGUCCACACUCCUGGGCUGUUAUCCGAUAACCUCGGAAGAGGUUGGGGACUGGGGUAAGGCGGACUCAAGUGCACCGAGGCCACGUUGGGGAUGUCACAGGACUUAGGGGCCCCUUUCAUCAGCUCGGCUGCAGUGGACAUGGCCCACGUGGAGCAGCGGGAGGCCACCAUCCAGGUGCAGGGCCAGAGCCUCUUCUUCCGAGAGGCAAGGCCCGGCAGCGGGCAGACCGCUCUCUUCUCUGUGUUGCUGCUGCAUGGCAUCCGAUUCUCCUCCGAGACCUGGCAGAACCUGGGUACUCUGCGCAGGCUGGCCGAGGCUGGCUACCGGGCUGUGGCCAUCGAUCUGCCAGGUCUUGGGCGCUCCAAGGAAGCAGCAGCCCCUGCUCCUGUUGGGGAACUGGUCCCUGGCAGCUUCUUGGCAACUGUGGUGGAUGCCUUGGAGUUGGGCUCCCCAGUAGUGAUCAGUCCAUCAUUAAGUGGCAUGUAUUCCCUGCCCUUCCUCACGAUGCCUGGCUCCCAGCUCCGGGGCUAUGUUCCAGUGGCUCCCAUCUGCACAGACAAAAUCACCGCUGCUGACUAUGCCAAUGUGAAGACCCCAUCUCUGAUUGUUUAUGGAGACCAGGAUCCCAUGGGUUCCACCAGCUUUGAACACCUGAAGAAGCUGCCUAACCACAGGGUGCUGGUCAUGAAAGGGGCAGGGCACCCCUGUUACCUGGACAAACCCGAGGAGUGGCAUAGAGGGCUGUUGGACUUCCUGCAGGGCUUGGCAUGAGGCCCUGCCAUGCUGUUGGGGAUGGGCUGCCUGCCUUGGGACCUGGGGCUCUCUUUUCCUCCACGGGUUCUGUCUGGCUCAGGAGCCACAUGCAGCAGGUGUGUCUGUGUCUGUCCGGGUUCUUGUCUUUUGGAGUGGGGGGGGUCUGUCUUUUCUGCUUUUCUCUUGCAGUUUCAGGCUGAGGAGAUAAAAAAAAUCAAAAGGAGCCGGGUGUGGUGGCGCACGCCUUUAAUCCCAGCACUCGGGAGGCAGAGGUAGGAGUAU